AAAACUAGUUGUUAGUUUACAAAGCUGACGUAAUAAAGUGAACAUGACUUUGAGGAAGCCUUCCUGUUGAACGACGAAAACCAAGCAUCGAAAUUCAAACAUCCAAGGACAGGUAACUGUUAAUCUAAGCAAACAAGAAUUGGGAGAGAAGGAUGUUUUGGAUAAUGAAGGCAGAAAUCUGGGUCACCUGUAUUAUCAUAUUUCUGGGUUAUGAAGCUUUUGCUGCACCUUUGGAUUCUGAUAAAUCAGGCGAGGAACAAGUGAAAGAUGCAGUGCGCAAGGCAGAAGCAGCAGCGUCGCUGGCUGCAGAGGAUUCCAUCGCACACGGCCACAAGGCUGAAGCAAGAGUGUCGGAGGAAAAGGUGAACAGACUGGCAUCAGAGGUCGAGGAUGAUUCAUCAAUGAAAGAAGGGCACGCUGCAAAGAAGGUCAACCUUAUGAUGAAACACCUUGAUAAAAAGGAAAGUGAUUCAGACGACGAAAGUGAACAUACCGCGAUGAAAAGAAUCAAGGAACACAGAGUCCACCGUAAACCAAGUCUCUCCCAUCUGAUGGGUAUGGCUGAACUGGGAGACGUGUCUUCAAACACAAACGCGUAUAAAGAAGAUACCAAACUAGAGGAUCGACUAGCUUUAGAGGCUGAGGAGGAAAAGAAGUACGAAGACGGCUAUGGAGGUCAAGGAUGGGAUGAUGGUCCGGCUGGGAAUUCCAAGGGAAGCUGGUCUACGAAUAUACAGAAACAAGAUGCUGCUGAGAAACAAAGUAUCCAAGCCCAAGUCGCGUCUGAGAGUGCGCAUGAGCUGAAUGAAAUUCAGCAAGCAGUAGCAUCCGAGUCCCAGUCUUCUCGCGGAUCAGCCACUAUGGGUGAUCAAGGGGCUACUGUCGUCCAAGUAGGCGGUAACAGUAACGAAGGACAGGGUGCAAGGUUCCGAGAAGAAGAAGCGCAACGUCCAAUGGAGACUGGUGCGUCGUACGAAGUUCCUAGAAUCAAAUCGUUUGAGUCCAAUGGCCAUCAGCAAAACGUCCUUGCGGGGUUGGACAGUCCAUCGAUGCCAUACCGGCAAGCAGAUUUAUCAAGUAUCAUAAGACAAGCCAGUAAACUCAGUCCCAGUGAAAUGCAAGGACCUCCAAAGCAGUUUAGCUCGGAAGGAAUGGGAAGCUUGAAUGGGCUCAGUUUAGACAGCAAUGGAGGGCAAGGCUUGUCUAGAUUCACCCAAUCAGAAUCUAUGGGCCAACAGGAGGUCUCCCCAAUGAUGUCCAAUGCUUUCACAGGCGGCGCAGAAGGGACCCAAAUGAGCACUGGCUCCUACCAAGAUAGUGAGCCUUCCCAGAGAGAUAGCAGGUUUACAGCAGGUGGUGGCCUUCAAGGCGUCGCUGGAGUGGAAGUUAGCAAUAUGCAAGGAGGUGCACCUUUGGAGUUCGGAGGAAAUAGUAUGGGUUCUCUUUCGGCUGGGUACGGUGGGGCCCAACAACAACAGCCUCUAAUGGUAGGAGGUCAGGCGGGCGCAGCUAUGAUGGGUGGAAUGCAAAGUAUGCAGGCUCAACCUGCUGGAGCCAGUAUGGGAGGUCUGCCACAGUCUUAUGGAAGCAUGGGGGGAAUGCAAUCAUUUGGUGGUGCAGCCGGCAUGGGCUUUAAGAAAUCUACUAUCGAACGACCUGACGACCAACAAGGUACAGAGAUCAAAGACAGCGAAAGUAGAAAAAGAAGAUCAAAAGAAAGCUCAACGUAAUGAAAAAGCAAAAAACAGUAAAAAGAGCAAGCUGGCUGGCCACCAAAACCAUCAUCAUCACCACCACCACCAUCAUCAUCAUCAUAAGAGACAUUACUGAACUUCAACGUGUUCAGCCAUGAUGAUGAAAAAUUUUGUGUUAUAAGCAGUUUCUAAGAGCUUAUACAAAACCCAUUGAUACUGAUCCACUGAAGCAUUUAGAAGCUUACCAAUGACGUUGGCAUACUCAAGUGUCCAGCAGUAAAUUAAACUAGAUUCUCGAGUAUGCGUUAGCGGUUGACUGACAUAUUAAUAGACCUUUGCGUUAUGACUUUAGUCAUUUUACUACCACCACCAGAAUGCUUAUGAUUUUCCCUACUUAAUUGUAUAACGUUUUGUUUCCUUAUAACUAUAGCAAUUAGUGCUUAUUAACUGAGCAAAAGAUAGUGUGCAAGGGAUUCUGGUAGUUGUAGUAUGUGGAGCUAUAACGCAAACGGCCAUUGGAAUAUUAAUGUAGUAAUGACCGCAAAUUUCAAUAAAGACUUUAUUAGUAUAUUAUCUGCAUGACGAACGGGACAUAUUUCCAGGAGUAAAAAAGCGAUGAUGGAAUGGAACAUCUUCAAGGGUUGAAAUCGCAGGACUGCGAUUGCCUAUAAACUGGCCCCACAAUUCCGCGCAGUGCAAGUGUUCAUGCAAUUUUCCCUUGGAAUGCAGAAGUUAGAAUUACUACGUGACUAAACACAUUUUGAAUGACAUUGAAAUCUUAGCCAAUCCUAUACGCGAUUUAUCAUGGCGAAAUACAAACCCGUUUUAAACAGAAA